GUAGAGUGAGGCGGGUUUAGACUGAGACCGUCAGAGAGGAAGACAGCCGCCGGAGGAUCACUGUUAGUUUUCCUGCCCCACACUUUGACUUUAGCUGUUUGCCUUUCAAUGGACCUAAACCAACUUUUUUAACUUGAUUUAUUCUCUCUUUCAAUUUUACUUCACAACAACACAAACUGUUUUUUAGACUUUAAAAUUCCGUGUAAGAAUUUGCCGACCUUUGACAUGGUGCUGAAGAAGGAACUUAUUAUUCUCAGUCUAACGUGUAUGCUGUGGAAAAAUGUCUCUGUACAGCGUGGCGAUGAUAGCGAAAAUAUAGAUUUUGAUGAGUGCACAGAAAAGGAGGAAUACUGUGGGAAAUACACCGAGUGCUACAAUACACAGGGCAGCUUCUACUGCCAAUGUCAGCAUGGAUUCAAGAACAUCAAGAACAGUGUUAACUUCACAGCGCAGACUGGGCAGUGCCAGGACAUCAACGAGUGUCAUACCAAAAGACACGACUGUGGCCCCAACACUAAAUGUAUAAAUCAUAUUGGGAACUACAGCUGCACCUGCAUUCCAGGUUACAACCAGACACAGUGGCCACGACAAGUGCACCGAUGUAGACGAUACAUAAAUGAGUGUGAAGACCUGAAAAGUCAAGAAAAUAUAUGUGGAAUGAAGGGGAAGUGUGAGAACACUCAAGGAAGUUACUGGUGCAGAUGUUCAGAAGGAUACACAAAUUAUGGGUUCCAAAGUACUCCAUGCUCAGAGCUCGAAUGUGAAGGCUUCACUGACAACAGCAUGCCUGUUCAGUCUCUUAAUGGCCUGGCAGAUGUUUUGUCCAUGAUGAAGAACAGCUGUUUGGCUUUGUCAAACCCAAAUCAUACAAAAGAAGAGAGGCCUGAUGGAGACAUGCUACUGAAGAGUCUUUUUACAGCGACCGAGGCCGUCUUGUCCUCUGGUCAGAUGGACAGCAGUGUAGAUGUCGGUGGAUUGCUCACAACUGUGGAGGACGCUGUGAGGUUCCUUGGACCACAGCUCAAAAACAACCACACCAGGAUGGCGACCGAUGAGACAGAUGCAGAAAUUACUGUACAGAGGGGAAGGACUCCACCCACUGGACCAAUCCAUCUGACCAAUGAGAAUGCUUCUAUGGACACUGACUGGACAACAGCUGCUGGGAAUGGAACAUACCCCGGUUUUUCCAUGGCUGCAUUACUGACCUACAAAAACAUUGACAGAUCUGUUAGUUGGUCCUUUGAAAACCUCAAAGAACACCAAAAAGAUGGCCGAGAUCCUUCCUUCCAGAUCCUUUCUAAGCUUGUGUCUGUCGUGGUCUCUAACCCAUCCACAUAUAACCUGAGCCACCAUGUCAUCAUAACCCUCAGACAUCUGCGGGACAAAAAAGGGUUGUCUAAUGUGAGCUACAUCUGUGCAUACUGGAAGAAAGGCCAUGGUGGGAAAGGGACAUGGGCUGAAGAUGGUUGCUAUGAGGAACUUUCCAAUGACACACACACUGUGUGCAGAGUUGAACACCUGAGCAGCUUUGCUGUUCUCAUGGCCGUCUACCCCAUAGAGCACCCGUUUGCUCUUCUGCUGGUGACAAAGAUUGGGCUGGUCAUUUCUCUUCUUUGCCUCCUGCUGUGCAUCCUGACCUUCAAGUUCUGCCGCUCUAUUCAAGGCACUCGCACCACCAUCCACCUGCACCUGUGUGUCUGCCUUUUCAUGGCCGACCUCAUUUUCCUUGCUGGCAUUUCACAAACUAAACCUGUGGGUGGCUGCAGGUUUGUUGCAGGGAUGCUCCAUUUCUUCUUUUUGGGAGUUUUCAGCUGGAUGCUAUUGGAAGGAGUGCAGCUGUAUCGGAUGGUGGUUCUGGUGUUCAACACCAGCACUCGGCCCCUGUACCUGUUCGCUGCAGGUUACGGGGCCCCUCUAAUCAUUGUGGUGAUAUCUGCCAUCAUCAGACCAGACGGAUACGGUACUGAUCAACACUGUUGGCUGUCACUGGAACAUGGAGUCAUCUGGAGUUUCUUUGUUCCUGUGUGUCUAGUCAUCAUUCUCAACAUCUUCUUUUUCAUCAUCACUGUUUGGAAACUUGCCCAGAAGUUUAGCAGCCUCAACCCAGACCUGUCCAAACUGCACAAAAUUCGAGCAUUCACAGUGACAGCUGUAGCCCAGAUGUGCAUACUGGGUUUGAUGUGGGUGUUUGGCGCCUUCCUGUUCCGAGAAGGUGCCACAGUAGCUGCAUAUAUCUUCACUAUCCUCAACAGCCUACAGGGGGCGAUGGUCUUCAUAAUGCACUGCCUCCUGUCUAAGCAGGUGAGAGACGAGUACAUGCAUUUCUUGCCUUGCAUCUGCACACAGCAGAAGAAGAGAUUGUCAGACUUCAGCAGCAGCAAUCCUUCCAGCAGUCAGUCACAAGGUUCUGGAAGUGGGCGUCAAAAUGGAGAAUCUAAAACAUGAAGACCAAUGUUUCUAGUUUCACCAAACUUCCACAUUUUUAGGUUGUGUAGACUAAAAUAAUUCAGAUGUUAAAAAACUAUAUCUCUUGAGCUAAAAAUCAAAGUAUUAUUUCAGUUAAAAGUCACUGAAUCAUCCAGCGUACAUCAGGACUUUGUUCUACUGUCUGUUUUCACUUUCUGCCGAAUUUAAUGGGGCGGGUGGGGGGCGUCAUGCUUUUUGUUUUUCAACUUAACUUUUUUUUUUCAACUAUCAAAUGUCUAAACAUAUUCCCAGUAAACAGUGUUAGCAGCAUGCUUUAUAUGUUUAGUCAUAAUGUCUCAUUUACCUUAUUUCAUUUUUCUUCACUGAUCAAACACAACACUGUAAAACCAGUUCUCCCCCCCCCCCCAAAAAAAAGUUGAAAUGUUUCAUUUUUUAAAAGUAAAUUUAAACUUAGAUAUUCAAAUUAAGCUUCUGCACCACAAAUGUGAGAUAACCUGUCUUUGUUUUCCAUAAAAACUUUGCCUGUGACAUAGAACACGUACACUUUGUGGUUGAUUGACAGCAGGGAUUUUAGCAGGGAUUUCUGUCAGAUGUCUUUUAAAUAAUCCAGCUAAUUUCUGCUGAUACAGACUAAAUUUUUUUAUUUUCUGACGUAAUCAUACCGAUAAGUUACAGUUGAGACAUUUAUCCGAGAUUGUCAUUUCACUGAGAACAUAUCAUAACUGUAUUAUAAGCUGUAUUUCUUUUGUGACGUCUUUAUAUGCUAUUUAUUUACAAAAUUCCAUCUAUGAAGCCUGGAUUAAGUGGGCCACAAUCAAAUAUGUGAUUCUCUCUGUCUUUAAAGCGGGACUGAAGAGUUUGUGCUGUAUUUUACAAAGUUGGGACAAAGAAAUAGUCAAGUCAUCUUGGAGUCUUGGUACUGCAAGUCCCACGUUAAGUCCUACCCAUAUCAAGUCACGCAUGAAGUCCCACAUGAGGUAUAGUGUCAAGUCCAG